GCUCACUCGGCUAGCCCGAGCUCCCUUACCUACAAUCCUCCGUUGCCGUGCCCCUGCUUCUUGCGACUUUGCAUAUUCCCCAACCCGUGAGAUACCCAACAGCCCCGACGACAAGCAAACGUACCGACGAGGAACGUACAGACGAACGACCGAACGAGCCCGACGAAGCAGUUCGACUUAUAAACUCCUCGAACCGUAUCACAUCCAUACGACCAUCCCCACCCCCCACAACGGCAUGCGCCCCUAAUCCCGCCAAAAAACACCUUUCCUCUCACCUUCAACCUCCCCCAGUAGCCCGGCGCACCUCGGCGCACCCACCUCGCAGCCCACCCACCAUGGUCGUAUACUCCUUCUACAUCUUCGACCGGCAUACGGAAUGCAUCUACUCAAAAACAUGGCUCCCCGCCGAACGCCCGACGUCCCAACCGCCCCUGCCCGUUCCCGGCACGACUCCCAGUUCGGGCGGACCGCCGUCGCAGCAGCUGCGCAGGAGCCAGGUCAACUCGGCUAAGGAUGACGCCAAGCUCAUAUUCGGCACCGUCUUCUCGCUGCGCAAUAUGGUCCGCAAGCUCGGCGGCGACGACGACGCCUUCAUUAGCUACCGCACCUCGGCCUACAAGUUGCACUACUACGAGACCCCCUCGAAUCUGCGAUUCGUUAUGCUCACUGACACGGCAACCUUGAGCAUGCGCAACGUGCUACAUCAGAUUUACAUCAACCUCUGGGUUGAAUACGUUGUCAAGAACCCCCUGUCGCCUGCCGAGCACAAGGGCGGCGAGGGCGUCAAGAACGAGCUUUUCGAGCUGGGUCUGGACCAGUUCGUUAGGGGCCUAAUGUGAGGCGUGGAGGCGACCAUCGCCAUGGACCAGCUGAACGAGAAAGAAGGCGAAAACACGACGACGACGACGACGUGGGCCGCGUGACCAGGGCAUCACAACCAGCCAACUCUCGCAACGGGCUAUAGUUCGACUCGCUUCUAAAAGAAGCUUGUGCGAGAAGGGCGUAGAUGGUGACGGGUCUUGGAUAUGAUGCUCAAGCCGAGGGAAGUGCGGACUGAACAUAAGAGUCGAGUAGCGAGGUCAAUGGGAGCCUCGCCAUGACUCAAGAACACGCCGUACCCGAGAGCACCACGGACCAGAGGAAAGAAAGGGAAGGACUAGAGCGGGAUAGACCGGAAGAAAAGAACGGAGCCGCCAACUCUUGUUCUAGGCUAAACCCCGUACUAUCGGUACAGAUUCGAGAUGACCCGUCCAUCUCUUGCUAUGGUUAUAUUCUUACAAACAAUACCUCUGAAUUCCCUAUACCCAGCCUCGCCCGCCCC